UCAAAAAUCGUCAUAACCGUUUCAAUUUCAGUUUUAUUAGUAGCAUCACCCUUCUUGUCGGCUCUUCCCUCUUUUUUUCCAUUUGCUCCUCAAUUUCAGAAUCUAUUUCUCUCUUUUCUUUGAUUGUUUGGUUGAAUGCUCUGACUCUGAGGUUUCAACAAUGGAAGCCCUAGCCGUUACGCCUCGCAUUCUUCUCUCUCCUCACCACCACCGUCGGAUUUCCUCACUCUCAUUCCCAACCGUUCAUCUCCCUUCCAAACAGCCACUCCUUUCCCGCUCUCACAGCCUCUCUCCUCGCCGCUCUCUCAAUUGCUCUGCCGUUUCAUCGCCGUCGCUCGUGAAAAAUUCAUCGGAAUUCAUUGAAGCUGCAAAAGACGGGAAUUUGAUUCCGUUGUAUCGAUGUAUUUUCUCGGAUCAUCUGACCCCGGUGCUUGCUUAUCGUUGUUUGGUGAAGGAGGAUGAUAGAGAAGCUCCGAGUUUUUUGUUCGAAGCUGUUGAACCGGGUUUUAUGAAUUCUCAUGUGGGACGAUACAGUAUUGUCGGGGCUCAGCCAAGCAUGGAAAUUGUGGCAAAGGAAAAUCUGGUGACAACAAUGGAUCACCAUGCAGGGAAGAGGACGGAGGAGUUUGUCGAAGAUCCAAUGGAUGUCCCGAGGAAGAUUAUGGAGGAAUGGAAGCCACAGCUUAUUGAUGAGCUUCCUGAAGUUUUUUGUGGUGGAUGGGUUGGCUACUUCUCAUAUGACACUGUUCGUUAUGUAGAGAAGAAAAAGCUCCCCUUUUCGAGUGCACCUCAUGAUGACAGGAACCUUCCUGACGUUCAUCUAGGCUUGUAUGACAAUGUGAUUGUAUUUGAUCACGUGGAGAAGAAAGCGUACGUGAUACACUGGGUACGUGUGGAUCGUUUUUCUUCUGCAGAGGAGGCUUAUAAAGAUGGAAUUGACCGCCUAGAAUAUUUGUUGUCGAGGGUGCAUAACAUAGUAACCCCCAAGCUGCCCCCUGGCUCCAUAAAAUUACAGACCCGCCUUUUUGGAAGCUCACUCAAGACGUCAAAUAUGACUAGUGAAGAGUACAAAGACGCUGUUUUGCAAGCCAAGGAACAUAUCCUGGCUGGUGACAUCUUUCAAAUUGUGUUAAGUCAACGUUUUGAGAGAAGGACGUUUGCAGAUCCAUUUGAAGUAUAUAGGGCAUUGAGAAUUGUUAACCCCAGUCCAUACAUGGGAUAUCUACAGGCUAGAGGGUGUAUUUUGGUUGCCUCGAGUCCGGAGAUUUUGACUCGUGUCAAAAAGGGGAAGAUCACGAACAGACCUCUGGCUGGAACUAUCAGAAGAGGAAAAACACCAAAAGAAGAUGUCAUGCUGGAAAAUGAGCUUCUGAAUGAUCAAAAGCAAUGUGCUGAGCACAUAAUGCUGGUUGAUCUGGGGAGGAAUGAUGUUGGAAAGGUCUCCAAAUUUGGUUCCGUGAACGUUGAAAAGCUUAUGAAUAUUGAGCGGUAUUCCCAUGUGAUGCAUAUCAGCUCUACAGUGACAGGGGAAAAGCUUGAUGAUUUAACUAGUUGGGAUGUUUUGCGUUCUGCAUUACCUGUUGGAACAGUUAGUGGAGCGCCUAAGGUUAAAGCAAUGGAGUUGAUAGACCAGCUUGAGGUGAAUAGACGAGGGCCAUAUAGUGGUGGAUUUGGUGGAAUCUCAUUCACUGGAGACAUGGACAUAGCUCUUGCUUUGAGAACUAUGGUAUUUUCAACUGCAACGCGAUAUGAUACAAUGUAUUCGUACAAGGAUGUUGAUAAAAGAAGAGAAUGGGUGGCCCACCUUCAGGCUGGGGCAGGCAUUGUUGCUGACAGUGUCCCUGCAGAUGAACAGCGCGAGUGUGAAAAUAAGGCUGCUGGCCUUGCUCGUGCAAUUGAUCUCGCUGAAUCGUCUUUCUUGGAGAGGGAAUAGAAAGUUCAGUCUAUUUUAGUAUUUUUCCCUUCAAUUUUGAAGCUGCAACGAAAAGUGUUGCCUUCAAAGAUAGGUUGUUUGUCAUUUAAAAAUAGAUGUAAACCACAGCAGUAAAGACCUUGUCACAUUUAACUGUGCAUUUUCAAGUUUGCUCAGCAUUAGUGGCUUUGUGCUGUGAACUUAGGGAAGGAGGGAAUUAGGCUUUUUGUGUUGUAUGUCGAUAGAUAGAAGCUGUUGUAUCUUGUUGUAUGCACAAAAAGUUUGGUGGUAAAUGUAAGUUCAAGCUUUUUGUUUUGUUUA